AUGACCAGACGAGCACGACUAUGGCCAUCAAGGCGCUGGUUCAUCGCUCAAGCGUGGGACCCUCGACCGAACACCCUCGACCCAGCCAACUGGUCAACCAAUCCACCAGUCUUUCACUCCACUACCGCUUUCUCUUCGGAAAUGGCGUUCCCUAACAGUAUUGUCGACUACUCCGGUCAGUUCAUUGACUACUCCGGUCAAGGAAACUUUCUCAACCAUUCGGUGCUUCAGCCAAUCCAUGUCGAGGAACCGGUUAUUUCUACGACAACGGAAUCACUCCACACGUCGUUGGCAAAGUCUCUACCCAAGCCUGGCGAUCUGGUCAAAAUGAAAUUGAAGGAGAUUGUGAUUAAGACACGAUUGAGACUCUUCCUGGCGAGUAAAAAUAAGCGGCAGGAGAGGGUCUGGCUCACACUCAACUCGAUGGAUGACUUUCCUGUCCAAAUCAAGGCAUCAGGCCUAUCCUUUGUUGAUUUCCGUCGGGAUAUAAUCCGCGCGUGCAACACGGAGAUAGCUAACUCGGCGACAAUAAUCCAGGCGGCCCUUGACAGUCAAAAGUACGAUAUUACGUGGACUGGUUCUAUCGACAGGGUGGCCGGCUGGAAGAAGGCCGAUAAGAUCAAGAUUGAUACCCCUUUGGUGUUCGACGCGUGGAUGAAUGCGAUUAGGACGACCAAGAAACCAGAGGUCGCAUUAUUAAUCAAAAUGGUCAACCCAAACACAUCGAUCCAACAGGGUAAGAAGGUCGAUUUGUUGGCGAAAAGGGCGGCCCAACAAGCCGCUAUCGAUAAAGAUCGAGCGUUAUCAUUGAAGCGCAAGUCGACGGGUGAUGACGACAGCGAGGGUGGAAGUCCCCCGCCCGACGGGGACCUUGAGCCAGAGGAUUGGGACAACAUCAAUUUUCACAUGAAGCGCAUCUACGACAAGUAUCCCAUCAAAUCCGAUUAUGACCCGAAAAUCCCGGUCUUUGUGAAUGCCGGCGAAACCGACAAGUACAUCCUUCUAACUAACAAGGCCUGCCAAGAAUGGGGCAUUGCACUCGCGGGGAUCGCCGAUGGGGUGGACAUGGACACCCCUCCCCGGAGCUUGCCUUACGAGAGUCUUCAGGCGAACCGUCGCAAGAAGGCACGAGUGGUGCCCCCGGUUGGGGGUCAUGCUCCAGGGCAGGCCCCUGGGCAGAUGCCUUCAAUGAUGGAGAUCAUCGCCCUCGCCGACGCUCUUAACGCCCGGCGUGGGAAGGGGGACAUCGAGGCCAUUCCGAGCUCCCCUGGGCACUCUCACGACCCUGAUGAAGACCCCCCCAUGGCCGACUAUCUCGCUUUUUUGGGUAAGAAACUGGUCAACACCGAUGCGGUCCUGGAGAUUCUGAUCUCUAACGAGAUGAUGUCGCACAAAAGUUUUGCUGGCGGGCUCAAGCGCAGCGACGUGUGCGGCCUGGGCUUGAGCAUGGGAGCAGUCACAUGUCUUUUUGAUAAUGUAGCACGCUAUGAUCGUUAUCUGGCAGCCAAAAAAAUUCGCUCUUGA